GGUUAGUCAUGUCAAAAGGGGCAUGAAAUCACCAUUCACCGUGUGCCAUGCCCACUCUACCAGGGACAGACUGACUACUCUCUGUUCUCGGAGCUUUGAAGGGUUCAAUCGAAUGCAUUUCAUCGCCUCCCCCGACCACGGUGGCUUCCGCUCUUUCUGUUCUUCGCUCUCCAGCUGAACUUAUGAAGGGCCUUUCCAAGAAUUUCACUCUUGGUGGGCUGAGAGGGUUUGCGACAGCAGCAGGCAAACCCGGGAACCUCAAGAUUGAAGGGAUUAAAGAUAUAGUAGCCGUUGCUUCGGGCAAAGGCGGUGUUGGCAAGUCUACAACUGCGGUUAAUUUGGCGGUUUCGCUUGCUAAUAACUGUGGGCUUAAAGUUGGGUUGCUAGAUGCUGAUAUAUAUGGGCCUUCAAUUCCUUUGAUGAUGCGUCUCCACGGAAAGCCUGAAGUCAGUCAAGACAGGAAAAUGAUUCCAAUUGAAAGUUACAGUGUGAAGUGCAUAUCAAUGGGAUCUCUUGUGGAAGAGGAUGCAGCAAUUGUGUGGAGAGGACCUAUGGUCAUGAAAGCUCUUGAGCAGAUGACUAGAGGAGUUGAUUGGGGGAUCCUAGAUAUUCUUGUGGUGGAUAUGCCCCCUGGGACGGGUGAUGCUCAGAUAACUAUCUCCCAGAGGCUUCAGCUAUCAGGAGGAUUGAUUGUCUCAACUCCUCAGGAUGUUGCAUUAGUGGAUGCUCGUAGAGGCGUGAAAAUGUUUUCCAAAGUUAAUGUUCCGAUCCUUGGAAUCUUGGAAAACAUGAGUUUCUUUAAAUGCCCACAUUGCAGUGAGCCCUCAUAUAUCUUUGGAAAAGGUGGGGCGCGUAAAACAGCCGAGGAAAUGGGUAUGAAGUUUCUUGGCGAGGUGCCACUAGAAGUAGGCAUCAGAAGCGGUUCUGAUGAAGGUGUCCCCAUUGUAGUAUCACAACCUUAUUCUGCAGUCUCCCAAGCUUAUCGAGACAUUGCUGAUAAAGUUAUCAACAGGCUACAAGAAUUGGGCGACGUGCAUCAUCCGGAGAUCACUUUGUGAUUCAUUAUUUGGGAAAUCUCCAAGGGAGAAGAAUUUAACAAAGUUGUAAGAUUUCUUCUUUAUGGUGUAGUAGAGAUCACUCUUUGCCUCAAGUUAGCUUUAAACUAUCAUCAAUUGAUCAAACUUGUGUUGGCUAAAGAGCUAUUGUAACGAUUGGAACGAGCGUAUUUCUACUAUUACUCACCUAUUACUAGGAUUCGUAAUUACCGUGUUUGUCUUGAAUACUACAGCCUUACGGCGUAUAAUAUUAUUCAAUAUAUACUACCUCCGUCCCAGAGUAUUUGUCCACUUUCAUUUUUACACACCAUCCAAUACACUUCUUUAAUCCAUUUUAUCUUGUAAUUUGUAUAUUAAAAAAUUAUAGAAAUUAUAUAUUAAUAAUCUAUAUGUUAAGAC